AUGGCAUACCUUAUAUUCACUCUUUUAUUUUUCAGCGCCGUUACUUUUCGGAACUCUCUGUCACUAGCUCAGUCACAAGGACUUAGGACUCUUUCUUCGUCUUAUAUUGAUGGUGCAUCCCUCUCAUAUAAGAAAACACCGAUCUGCUCAAUCCCGGACCUCGAUACCUAUAGCGGCUAUGUCCAUCUUCCACCCCGCGUAGACGAUGCACAUCCACACCCGAGAAACCUGUUCUUCUACUAUGCCAAGUCAACCAAGAAUAGGACAGCUCCGUUGACGAUUUAUCUCGGCGGUGGUCCAGGAGCGAGCUCCAUGUCUUCUAUGGCCACUGAGAUAGGACCUUGUUCCGUGAACUCAGAUUCAAAUAGUACAUCGCCGAAUCCCUGGUCCUGGACACGAGAAUCCGAUAUCCUCUUCAUCGAUCAGCCGGUUCAAACUGGAUUUUCGUAUGAUGUGCUCACGAACGCCACUAUUGACUAUUUGACAAGUAUUAUCACUCCAACUGACUUCCACAACGAAGUUCCGGCAGCGAACCAUACAUUUAGGUCCGGGGUGUUCGGGUCCCAGAAUUUCAACGGAACGGUAAAUUCGACGAUGAAUGGCGCGAGGGCGUUGUGGGAUUUUAUGCAGGUUUGGAUUAAUGAAUUUCCCGAAUAUGAAUCACCAGAUAAGAAAGUACACAUUUGGACUGAAUCCUUUGGCGGCCGAUACGGCCCAUCCUACGCCGCAUAUUUCCUGGACCAGAAUGAGAAAGUCCAGAACAACCAAAGGACUAACGCUUCAUCUCCUUCUUCGAUCAACAUCGACACACUAAGCAUCCACAACGGGUGCAGCGACAUCAUCACGCAGGGUGCUUUCUACCCCAUAUUCGCAUACAAUAAUACAUACGGGGCACAAGCCAUCAACAAAGAGCAGUACGAAGAAGCUAACUAUAAUUUGACUAAACCCGGCGGUUGCAUGGAUAUGGCCGUGAAAUGUCAGGAACUCGCGCAAAGGCUGGACCCGCAUAACCUCGGGAAUAAUGCGGACGUCAAUGCUGCGUGUUUCGCUGCCGAUGAAUUCUGCUAUGCGAAUGUGUUGGGGGUUUAUGCCUUGUCUGGGCGUGAUGUGCAUGAUCUGGCCGAGGUUCCUACUUCGACUAUGCCGCAGCCCUACUCGGAUGGCUUUUUUAAUCGACCAUGGGUGCAGGACGCUUUGGGCGCUCGGGUGAAUUUCACUGCGAAUUCAAAUGUUGUUUAUAACGCAUUCUGGAGCACUGGAAACGCGCUCAUCACGCGUGGAAAUGCAAUGGACGACUUCGCAUCGAUUGUGAAACGGGGCGUUAAGGUUAAUCUUAUCUAUGGUGAUAGGGACUAUCUCUGCAAUUGGAUGGGCGGCGAGAACAUCAGCUUAUCCAUAAAACACGACCAAUCCGCAGCGUUCAGCUCCAGCGGGUAUGCAGAUCUCAUUACGAAUCGAACGUACGUGGGGGGUGUUGUUCGUCAACAUGGGAAUCUUUCCUUCACACGAGUGUUUGAUUCAGGACAUGCUGCUGCUGCUUUCCAACCUGAGACCAUGUUUCGUAUUUUCUCGCGGAUUAUACACUCCAAAGAUAUUGCAACAGGCAAUAUCUCUAUGUCUGAAGAGCGCAGGAAGACCUAUAAGACCCAUGGCCCACAUUCAAGCCUUUACAGAAAGAACAAGCUCCCCUCCCCAGCAGCCCCAGUGUGCUACACUCUGGACAUGUCUACAACCUGUACAGCCAACCAGAAGGUAGCAUUAAUGAAUGGCACGGCCGUCGUGGAGGACUUCGUGGUAAAGUGGCCUGUCUCCUAG